UGUGAAAUACAGAGGCAUGUACCUUAAAGCAAAGGUGAAGAAGGUUAGUACAAAGAAAAGGAGUACUUGUGGCACCUUAGAGACUAACCAAUUUAUUUGAGCAUAAGCUUUCGUGGGCUAAAACCCACUUCAUCAGAUGCAUGCAGUGGAAAAUACAGUAGGAAGAUAUAUACACAGAUAAUGAAAAAAUGGUUGUUGCCGUACCAACUGUAAGGAGACUAAUCAAUUAAGGUGGGCUAUUAUCAGCAGGAGGGAAAAAAAACCCUUUUUUAGUCAUAAUCAGGAUGGCCCAUUUCAAAUCGUUGACAAGGUGUGAGUAACAGUAGGGAAAAAAUUAGCAUGGGGAAAUAGUUUUUACUUUGUGUAAUAACCCAUCCACUCCCAGUCUUUAUUCAAGCCUAAUUUAAUGGUGUCCAGUUUGCAAAUUAAUUCCAAUUCAGCAGUUUCUCUGAGUCUGUUUUUGAAGGUUUUUUGUUGUUGGAGAAUUGUGACUUUUAGGUCUGAAAUCGAGUGACCAAAGAGAUUGAAGUGUUCUCCGACUGGUUUUUGAAUGUUAUAAUUCUUGACGUCUGAUUUGUGUCCAUUUAUUCUUUUGCGUAGAGACUGUGGUUUGGCCAAUGUACAUGGCAGAGGGGCGUUGCUGGCACAUGAUGCCAUAUAUCACAUUGGUAGAUGUGCAGGUGAACGAGCCUCUGAUAGCGUGGCUGAUGUGAUUAGGCCCUGUGAUGGUGUCCCUUGAAUAGAUAUGUGGACACAGUUGGCAAUGGCCUUUGUUGCAAGGACAGGUUCCUGGGUUAGUGUUUUUGUUUGGUUGCUCGUGAGUAUUUGCUUCAGGUUGGGGGGUGUCCAUAAGCGGGGACUGGCCUGUCUCCCAGGAUCUGUGAGUAAGGGAUUGUCCUUCAGGAUAGGUUGUAAAUCCUUGAUGUGCUGGAGAGGUUUUAGUUGGGGGCUGAAGGUGACAGCUAGUGUCGUUCUGUUACUUUCUUUGUUGGGCCUGUCCUGGAGUAGGUGACUUCUGGAUCAGUGUGUGUUUGUUUUUUUUUUUCCUCCUCCUGCUGAUAAUAGAUAAAAGGUUAGUACAGUGAUUAUUACUUAUCAAAUAAACUGCAAGCAAGAAACCUUUAACUAAAGUCAGCACUUGAUAGUAAAAAUCUUUCCAGAUACAUGAAAAUAUAAACUAGAGUUUGUUAUCCCUGAAGAAAUCUAGAAAAUGAAUUUAUUGUGGGACAGUACAUUGAUUUGUAUGCUUGACUACUUUUUUUUUCGCUCCCUAAAUUAACGGAGAAAAAUGGCUUUCACUAUGACCUCUAGUGGACAUAGUGCAAUCAAGCAUAAAAGUGACUUAUCUUACAGAAACAAGGUGGGUGAGGUAAUAUCUUUUUUAUUGGUACAACUUCUGUUGGUGAGAGACAAGCUUUUGAGCUUACACAAAGCUCUUCUUCAGGUCUGGGAAACUUAAUCAGUGUCACAACUAAAUACAAGAUAUUACAUAAUUCUUCCCAGUAGUAAUGUGCACAUCUGAUCUAAUCUGUCGCCUACCAUAUUGCAGAAAGAUCACAGAAACUGAUUAAAAUCAAGAGCAUUUAUUUCAUGUUCUCAUUGUCUUUGAAAUAUUUUGUUACUAAACUGUAGGACUAUUCACUUUUUUUAACCUUUAUAGGUGUCCUACAAACAUCAGCUGUCGAGGUAAACUGAUAGUAACAAAACAAUUUAAAUGUAUUUAUUUUUAUGGGUUAGCAGCAGCAGUAAAAAGAUGCAAUAGUAAAACAAUGGUGUAUUUUGUCCUUGCUGUUCCCUUUAGAAGUACUGGCUUCUGCCCAGGUUUGGCAUCAGUUCUGAAGAGAUACUCACUUGCCCUUCCUCUUGGGCAGAAGGAGCCAAAUUCGGUAAUACCUGGUGUAAACUGAACGAGACGGAUAGUUAUACUUUGGAUGAGCUUAUUCCAAGGUGCUUCAGAUGCUGAUGACUAUGUGCCUCACUUAAAAAAAAACAAGGGAGAGGAAAAAUAACGACCUCCCCGCAACCACUAAAUCCCAAACCAAGAAACUCGGACAGGCUCAUCAUCAUCAUUGUGCUGUAACAAUGUGUUAAAAUUCUGUUCACAAGGACAAACUCAUGCUGAACGCUGGGUAACUAAGUAAGACAUGUCUUAGUAAAAACAAACAUUCUGUACUGGUAUAAGAAACAACAAGGAAGAAAAAUGAAGAUAAAUAAAAUCAGCGCAUAAAUACUCUACUGAAGUGGCUAUAAAUAGAACAGCCAGAAAGAACUGACGCUCUUGCACCGUUUCCUAAGUUAUGCGUGUGGUGGGUCUGUAAGAGGACAGACAGAAGAUAAGGAGGGGGAGGAAUGUAAGCUCCUAACCCUGAAGUGCAUCGGGCACCUUAAAAAGAACAAACACGUCAGAAUUCAGAAAAAAAUGAAUCCAAAAGAUUGGUGUUUCCCCCACCCCAUAUCCUCAAAGCUGUGUAGGUGCGAGCGCGCUCUGCCUACCCAAUUCCCAUCCCAGCGAGCUUUUAACAGCAGGCUCAUCAUCCCUAAUAUGAAUGUAAGGAUACGAUGAAAACAAAGAGCGCUGGUUCCCAGCUGGGUUAAACAAGCAGUGGGUAAGGUGGUGAUCAAACGUUUCUGGGCCAGGGACUUUCAGUCACUUUGUUGGAUACCGCCGGCUCUUUGCAGGCAACUUCUCCAACGUCUUUGUACGCAGAAAGCUGCCAGCAAACAAACGUGUUCUUGGUCUGAGUUUACAACCUCCCGCUCUCCGCAGGCUGCGGUGCAGAGUCCGACGGAGCCCAAGUCAUCAGCUUUGCAAAAGUCACGGGCUCCCCCUAAAGCCACCCACUUCUGUUUUCCACCCUGCUCCGCUGCCUCAGGAAGAAGGCGAAAAUGGGAUGAAAGCUAUUCGGGCCGAGAGCAAGUUCUGCUCGUGUGAAAUAUUAAUGCACCCGUGAAAUGGAGCUUUUAGCCAACCGAAGCGCAGCCCUUUCGCAGGCAGGAGCCAGGGGGAAUCCCAGCGGGGCUGGCGAGUAAAUGACCAGUGCUUGCUUGGGAGGCCUCAUUCCGGGGAGCCGAGCGGGGCGGGGCUGGCCCAGAGGGCGGGAAAGGGAAGGAGAAGGAAAGCAGCCGCUGGGUGAAGCCCCCCCCUGAGCUGCCGCCAACCCCUGGCGGCGGGGGACGGAGGCAGAGGCGAGAGGCAGCUCCACUCCCUCGCUGUGCCAGGGAGGCAGGAGGAGGCGUGUCCCCUCCCCGCCGCCACUUCCCUGGCUCCGCGGAGCCGCUCUGUCUCCAGCUCGCCUCUGAGCAGACAGCGGGCGGCGGCAGCGGGGAGAGCGGAGGAGGCAGCGGAGCGGGGCUCUCCAACUUGGCGGGGCUUUCCCUUCCUCCCUGGCCCCGCGGCGGCACCAUGCCCUCGGCGCCGCCUCCGCGGGCCGCCCGCAGCUGCAGCAGCAGCACCACCACCCGGGCACAGGGAGCCCCGACGCCCGCAGCCGCGCCCAGCGGGCUCCCGGGCUCUUCCUCCGCGCCCCACUGAAGCGGCAGCUCCCAGCGCCGCGGCUUGCCUGGGUCUCCCUCCGCCCCGGGGCGCGGGCAGCCGCUGGCUCCGAGGGGACGCACGCGCCUCUCGCCGCGCCCAGCCCCGGGGAGCCGAACCGCAGGAGGGGCGCGGGGACCCUCCUCUCCCCGCCCGCGGGGGGCAUCAGCCGGGGGCCCCGAGCCGAGGCCAGCAGCCGCCUCUUGCUCUCCUCCCCCCCGCCCCGCGCAAGCCAUGAACUUUGGCCGGGGCCGCUCGGUGGUGUUGAACGUGGGGGGCACCCGCUACUCCUUCUCCCGCGAGGUGCUGAAGGACUUCCCGCUGCGGCGGGUGAGCCGGCUGCACGGCUGCCUCUCGGAGCAGGACGUGCUGGAGGUGUGCGACGACUACGACCGGGAGCGCAACGAGUUCUUCUUCGACCGCCACUCGGAGGCCUUCGGCUUCAUCCUGCUCUACGUGCGGCACGGCCACCUGCGCUUCGCGCCGCACAUGUGCGAGCUCUCCUUCUACAACGAGAUGAUCUACUGGGGGCUCGAGUGCUCGCACCUGGACUACUGCUGCCAGCGCCGCCUGGACGACCGCAUGUCCGACACCUACACCUUCUACUCGGCCGACGAGGCCGGCGACGGCGGCGAGGACACGCGGCCCCCGGCCGAGCCCCCGCCCGCCGCCGAGGGCAGGAAGUGGCUGGAGAGGAUGAGGCGGACUUUCGAGGAGCCCACCUCGUCCGUGGCCGCCCAGAUCCUGGCCACGGUCUCCAUCCUCUUCGUCAUCGUGUCCAUGGUGGUGCUGUGCGCCAGCACCCUGCCCGAGUGGCGGGCGGCGGAGAACCGCAGCGUGGAGGAGCACAGCAGGUACACAGCAGACUCAGUGAGGGAACCCUCCGGGAUCAUUGAAGCUAUCUGCAUAGGCUGGUUCACUGCAGAGUGCAUUGUGAGGUUCAUCAUCUCCAAAAACAAGUGUGAGUUUGUGAAGAGACCCCUGAACAUCAUUGAUUUGCUGGCAAUCACUCCUUACUACAUCUCUGUGCUAAUGACAGUUUUCACGGGGGAAAAUUCUCAACUCCAAAGGGCUGGAGUCACUCUGAGGGUUCUUAGGAUGAUGAGGAUUUUUUGGGUGAUUAAACUUGCCCGUCACUUCAUUGGUCUUCAGACACUUGGUCUGACUCUGAAGCGUUGUUACAGAGAGAUGGUGAUGCUUCUUGUCUUUAUUUGUGUUGCUAUGGCAAUUUUUAGUGCACUUUCACAACUCCUUGAAAAUGGGCUGGACUUGGGAACAAAGAAUAAGGAUUUUUCCAGCAUCCCUGCUGCCUGUUGGUGGGUAAUCAUCUCGAUGACCACGGUUGGUUAUGGUGACAUGUGCCCCAUCACUGUACCUGGAAGGAUUCUUGGUGGAAUUUGUGUGGUUAGUGGGAUUGUUUUAUUAGCAUUGCCUAUUACCUUCAUCUAUCAUAGCUUUGUGCAAUGUUAUCAUGAGGUCAAGUUCCGAUCUGCUAGAUACAGCAGAAGCCUCUCUGCUGAAUUCUUAAAUUAAUGAGUGCGCCUGCUUUUUGUAAUAGUACUUGCUAACCUUUGGUGGAAGAGGUAAUGGAUGUGCACCCAUCUUGCCAGAUGAUCUAAGGAACAGCAUUGUCAUCAGCCUUGAAGGAUGUCAGUCACCAUUCUCAUCUGAAGGAUGACUACCUGCUUUGGGCCCCAUGGUAGGGAGUGUGGGUGGGGAUGUUGAGAUCUGAGAGGAAGAAAAUGGUAGCUUCUAGAACAACAACGGGACUGGAAAGUUCAAGACCUCAUGGGGACUGGACUUCUCUCUGCCUAUCCAGACAACUACACACACAAAUCAUGGGCUUGGUACCAAGAGAGAUGAAGACCUGCAACUCAGUGGGAGUUGCAGGUACUCACCCCUCCUCAUACUGAUAUCCCAUAGCCUUCCAAGGAAAAUAUAACAGAUGUCAUUCAAAUAUUUUAAAAUCUAAAAGGUCCCUUGGAGGAGUAGAGACCUUGUUGACAUGAAGCCCGCUCCAGAAGAGUUGAGGACAUGGGAGCAGAAUUGCUGCUACUCUUAAUUCCUCCAAGUCAUGCAGCAGAUGGAAUAAUCUGAUCCUACGACUGAAGGAGGAGAGGAAAAAAAAAAAUAUAAAUACACAAGGCAGAGAGAGUCUCACAGCCCAAUUCUGAUCUCAGUUAAAGCCACAGUGAUAGUGAGGUCAAUGGGUUUUUUUCCAGAUUUUUACUGGAGUAACAGAGAGGAGUGUAUGUCCCUCUCUAUGUUGUGGCAUAUGCUUAACCACAACUGCCAUUUCUCUGGGAGUAAGAUCUAUAGUAGCAACUAAUGUCAUACUUUAUAAAGAUCAGAGUAAAAUUCAGUAGUUGAUAAUACAAUCAAUAUAUCAACUGCUAGCUCAAUGGGAUGCAGAUAUCCAAAUUUGACUUAUGCACUCAGCUAAACUCCAUCAACAUGAAGACAUUUACCAAUAAGCCUUGAUUUCCCCCCCACCCCAUUUUAUUAACCAUAAUCACCUCAUAGUGAAAUAGCAUUCCAAGAAACAUGAUGAGUCUGUCACUUGAGAGGUUCAAAAACUUUCUAGACAAAGCACUAGAAAACAGGAGAACAAUCCUGCAGUGUCGGGGCUGGGACAGAUGGAGAUGGAAAAAGACCCACCAGGACAAAUUCUAUGAUGAUUCUUAUUGAAGGAUCUAUUAUGAAUUGAUAUAGGUUAAUUUAAAUUUUAACAACUGUAAAACAGCCCAGGUGAUACUGAAAAGUAGCAUUUGGAUGGAACCUGUGCUUGGCACAAAGUAAUAUAUUCUCCCCUGUAAAUAUGGAAUUAAGAUGAAUGAAGUUAGGUUCUCAUGUUUCAUACACUACAUUUCUUGUGUAGUACUGCUCAGUAGCACUAUUAAAUAUGACUUUGAAAAGCUGCCAUGUAGAACUGUGCUGUUAAACAUUCAAACAAAUGUAGGCACAACUAACCCAGUACUAUUUACCACCCACCAUUAACAGGAAAUAUUUUUGUUAACCAGAAUCACCAGUCUAUUUGAAUUUGGUGUGCUUGCCUGAAAGUCAUUGUAAAAUGUUUACUGUGUUUGAAUUGUAGAAGCACCUUUGGAUGUUUUGUGUACAUCUGUCAGCUUUAGAAAUAGAGAGACCGGCACCUCUCAGCAACGGAAGUCUUUGGUACUGAUCACUCAAACUAAAAAUAUUAGGUGGGAUAUAUAACUAGUACUUGAAGGCCAUACGCUGAAAAAGAAAUAUGCUGCCAUUUUUGCUGCUCAAGACCUGAAAAGUUAUGGAUCAUGUUAAGUGGCAUGCUGUUGUUUUUAGGGGAAAGGGAUAUCUACUGAUAAAGCCAGUCAAGGAGGGAAAGGAAAUUGUUUCACUACUAGAAGUUGUAAAGUAACCUGAAAGAAAAGUUACUCGAUUGCAAUAGCCAUGAGUUUGUAUUUCCCAAAACUAGUUUCCUUUUUUCUGCUAUAGUUUCUUGAGGAUAUAUUAUUGUGUAGUGCCAUAUCUAUACCUUUGAAAUCUGUGUAUCUUGCAGAGAGGUGAAUAUUCCUUGGGAAUGGGGGGGGAAAUCGCUUUUGGGGAGAGCUUCUCAGCUGGUUUAAGCUGGCCAGCUUCCAUUAACUUCAGAGGAUCUAUACCAGUUGACACCAGCUGAGAUUCUGGGACUUAGCAUAUAUAAUAGAGCUGAUUAGAGAAAAAAAUUCCCCACAAAAAUGAAAGUUAGUUUCUGGUAAAAGAAACUGAAAUUUGACUUUUAUUUUCCAGCCACUGAAGACUGAAACAUUUCAGCCAAAGUUAGUUUAUGUUUUGAUAAAAACUUAACAAUUUGGGGCGUGGGGGAGAAUUCUCUACAGAAAAAGUGGCUUUGACAAAAUAAAAAUUUUCCAUCCCUGUAAUUCUGAAUUUCUAUUAUUUUCUUCAUCUACUAGCGUUGAUAAAGCUAGCUCUACUCAUUUAGAAACUCUAGGGUGAAAUUGGUUUCCAUGUAACUUUUUCAAGUCUACUGUGCCUUCCAUAGAUUAUAUUUAAACAGAUUAAUGCCCUUUAUUUGGGAUGCAAAAUAAGAUAUACCCACUUUGCUCAAAUUGGAUAUCUCAUAGUUUUAAAAAUAUACAAAUAUGAAAUAUACUUACAGUAAGUAGUAGUACUAAAUUCCAGAAAAAAAUUAACUUGUAUUUUUAUCACUACAGUAUACAUAAGGUUAGUUUUUUAGCUUCAUGUGCAAAAAAAGCAGUCAGGUAUAAAUUAAUGCACACAAUGACUUUCAAGUACUAAUUUGUAUUGUACAGGCAAUUGAAUACUAGACAUUCCAAAGACAAACUAGUGUCUAGAAUAUGUCUGACAUAAGAGUCCAGAAAAUGUGCUAUUUUAUAAAGGGUUUCCAAAUGUAGAUUCUUAUAGAAUACGAAGAAUAUAAUCACCUACUUAAUAUACUUAUGUAAAGGAAUGUAUAUUUAUGAAAAAUGGAGAUCAUCUGAAAUACAAACAUUUAGAUUGUUGUAGAUCAAUUUUUUUAUUGCAGAAUGUGAACAAAAAUGCCUCAUGUAUUUUAAAUUUGCAUUACAGUAGAAUAAUUUUGAAUAGCUAAGUGGAUAUAAAGUAAGAAUCUAGUCCAUAAAAAACUUGCCCUAAAUAUAAGCUAGCUAUGGAGAGAUAUUUGCUCUUUUCUUUAUUUUAGCGUAGCAUGGUUAUUAAUGUAUUGACAAGAGGUUUCCUUUACUCUUUUUAGAAACCAAUUUGAAGUAGCCUUAUAUCAGAGGUAGCCUUAAAACAGAGAGCCUUAUAGUGAAGGGAUAGGGUAUUCUGAUUUAUAGUGAUGCUUAUUGUCUUAUUUUCUGUAGAUUGAUUUUCCUAGUGAAACUUUCUAUAAAUAAAUAUUGAAUUAUACAUGUGUAUAAAGAUAAGCAUUUCUUUAAACUGGUCAAGUUACUUCAUUAAAAUGCAGCUGAGCUUUCUUUUCAAUUAUAUACAAACAUUUUGGCAUAGUGUUCUCUCCACCUAAUACAGCAUUUCAAAAACUAAGAGAGGAUAGUUGGCUAAUUCUCAGCUACUCCCCCCAUUUUCACACCAGAAUAAAAUUGUGAUCCUAUAUAUAAGGUGUACAGUAAAAUCUCUGGGGAUACGUUCUCGAAGAGUGUAAGACACAAACUCCUAUAUGUAUCCUGACAAUUUAAACAAAAAUAGGGAGAAAAUAUGAAUGCAGCAAAUCUAAAAAUUUUUUUGUCACAAUGGUACACAAAGGCUUCUGUUCAUCCAAAAUGCAGCUAGUGUAUAUGAAUACCAAACUGUGGAAAUUCCACCACUUGACUAAUUGUCAAAGCUAAUUGUCAAUUAGAUGUUGGCCUCAACCCCGCGGGGUGAUGAGUGUCUGAGAGAGCUAGGCUCCCACUGAAAUCAAUAGGCGUGGAGGGUGCCCAGCAACUUGCAGAAUUGGGCCCAGAGUCUAUUUUUCUCUUACUGUCCUGCACAAAGAGACACCACUCCAAAAUCUCCAGUUAUGGAAUAUUAGUUACUAUCUCUUUGGAUAUUAGGUUGCUUCAACCAGGAUACUCAAUGCCUCUAAAGACACACAUGAGGGAAGGAAUAUAAUCUUUGGCCAUUUAUCCUAAAAAACAGAUUAAGAAACCAAACAAAACACCACAGAGACAAGCUAUUGCAGUCAUGGUGCCCUCUCCCAGGUGAGACUAGACCCCACAAUGGUUGACUAUUUUCAACAACUUUGUCUAGAUGGGUGCAGGUUGUCUAUGGCUUGAUUAUUAAUUCUGAGGUUAAAAAAUAUCCUUGUGUCAGAGGGGCAUGUUUUGAGCCUCAUGAACAUUGCAGAGGGCCCAGUGAAUACGAAAAUCCUCUUAUGAGAUUCAUGGCCUGACUAACAUUUAUGUAAGGGAGGAAUGGUGGGUGGGAAUUUUCAUUGUGUAAACAAUCUGUGGCUGUACCACAGCCUUCAGCUUAAUCGUGCUGUAUCAGGGAUAGAACUGUAUCAGGCUUUGUGGCUCCAAAACCAGAGGCCUCUUCCACUUCAGUUAUCUUAAUCACAAACACCUUAACAGAUCUGAACUUCAGCCCAGGAGAAGGCAUAAAGCCCUGAACAUUCACACAAUGCCUAUAAUUUCUUCCCACAUAAGAGGUCCAUGGUAAGAUUAUCAAUCAAGCUCUGGCCAUUUGAAAUUUGUAUUGUCAGUAUACGAAGGCCCAGAUGCUGCAGUUUCAUCCAUCUAGGCGCAGAGGUCCGUUCACAAGGAGGCAGCUGUAGGAUCAUAGCCCAAGGCUGCGCAUAAUGAAAUAGAUUGAUCAUGUUGUUUUAGAGAGAGAGAUUUUGUUUUCAUCACUUGAAAGGGAAUCUGGCUCAAAGAAACAAAAGAUACAUUGUUUUUAAAUUAAUUUUUACAUUUAGAAAUGGAUGAUUUUCUUACUGAUGUUUGUCUAUAUUUUACUGGUUCUGUUCUCUCCCUGCUGCAUAAAAAUAGCUCCUCUUUACGUUAAUGGGAGUAAAGAGAGUAAUGAGAGCCCCAUUGAAGCUAUGGCAGUUUACACCAGCUGAGGAUCUGCCCCAGCGGGCAUGGAGGAGACAAUAAAUUGCUGUUCAUAUAAUUAAGCCUUGAAAACUACCUAAUGUAAUGUAUGGCUUAUGAAAUAAAAUUUGGAGUAAAGAAUCUCCUUUGUGGAUGGCAUCAUGGGUUAAACUUCAAGAGGAAUAUAUUGUGAGAUUGAUAUGUAUGUUCAGUAAAAUUGUUCAUUUGCGCUGAAUCUAAAUUUUAAGGGCCAGAGAUUAAAUAUAAACUUUGAUCAAAUGAUUAAAGUGACAAUGUUGACUGCAGCUUUUUAGAAUCCUUUGUUCUUUGCAAACUCAGUAAUUAAUCAUUUUUAUAGAACAUUGAUUUUAUAUUGUUUGCAUAUGUGUAAAAAAAUUUGACGAGUUAAUACAGUUUUGCUUCCUUAACCACCUGUAUACAGUAUUACAUGCAUAUGAUCUCCAAAUAAAUCUACUGGAUUCACUAGCGUAUUUCACUGUGCAAGGCUUAAGAUAGAACACAAAAUAAAACUGUCAGA